AUGGCUCUGCUUCAGUCUCAUCUAUACAGAUAUUAUCCACCCACCCUACGUUACUUUCAGCGCUAUGCGCAUCUAUAUUCUGCGCCAACUAGUCAAUCACACUCUGUACAUGCACUUGUGCCUAUAGAACAGCGGAACUGUCCUCGCUACUCUCAAAAUGAUUCAGUUGUACAAGCCCCAGAAAGGUCACCAUUCUUUCACCUCAACACUAACUGACACACAGGCUGCACUCCUAUACACACUUAUGGAAACACCCUUUUAUUUGGUGGUACUUAUUAGUGAGUAGAAAUGCAAAAGAGCAUACUGUCAGAGGCACACCUUCUGAGACAAUAGCAAUGGCCUGACAGAGCAAGCCAUCUGAAUUAAGCCAUAUUAAGUUCAGUGGGACUUAAAGGUAAAGGGGUAAAGGGACCCCUGACCAUUAGGUCCAGUCGUGACCGACUCUGGGGUUGCGGCGCUCAUCUCGCUCUAUAGGCCAUGGGAGCCGGCGUUUGUCCGCAGACAGCUUCCGGGUCAUGUGGCCAGCAUGACUAAGCCGCUUCUGGAGAACCAGAGCAGCGUGCAGAAACGCCGUUUACCUUCCUGCCGGAGCGGUACCUAUUUAUCUACUUGCACUUUGAGGUGCUUUCGAACUGCUAGGUUGGCAGGAGCUGGGACCGAGGAACGGAAGCUCACCCCGUUGUGGGGAUUCGAACCGCCGACCUUCUGAUCAGCAAGUCCUAGGCUCUGUGGUUUAACCCAUAGCGCCACCCGUGUCCCUUCAGUGGGACUUACUCCCAGGUAAAUGUUUAUGGUAUUGUAGCCUACAUCAUAAACAUCUUCAAUAGUCAUGGUAAAAUGAUCUUUCUUUCUUUCUUUCUUUGCUAUAUUAGUAAGCUUGUAAUUUAGCCUUUGAAAAAACCAAAAACUGUUUUCAAUCAGCACAGACUAUUCCAGAGUUAAUGGCUUGAAGAUUUCAGUCUAAAUUAUCAAAGUAAAUUCCAUUAAAAAAUUAUCAAACAAAAAUAAAAAUCAUGAUGAGACAUGAUCUCUGAUUCAUUAAAACACUUUGCACCAUUCUUUAUCUCAUGCUGAAUAUUAAGUCUACAAUCUUAGGAGUACUUUGAGGAGAGGGCUGGGCUAAUUUUUUUUUCAGAAAGGGUUCUGUUACCUAAAACUGAGAUUCAGCUGCACUUUCAGUUCCCAACUUGGCAGAGACCCUCCUUAAAUCAUACUCAGCAUAGCAUUGGCUGCUUCUACCCAACCAGACUUCUGAGAGAGUUGAGUCUUGAGCUAUGUAUAGUUUAGAACAUUUUGCACUAUCUGCAGGCUGGUUACCCAAAUGGUUGCUUCGUUUAAAAACAAUAACUUGCUGUAGACCAAGAUGGCGACCGUGGGAGAAAAAAAUAGCACAUUUGGGUAAUGGGGAAAAUUUCUUUCUGCAGAGAAACACCACCAGAAAGAAAAGACACCACCAACUGCUAUAGCUUGUUAAGAAAAUUAACGAUACAGAAAAUAACAGAUUAUUUUUUAAAAACCCUCAUAUAUCUAAAACAAUUCUGCAGGUUUUCAUGUUCUGCAUUAUGCAGAUGGGAGUUCUUCUUGUAAAAGAGAUCCUGUCGCUGCGACUUCAGUUUUUCUUUGGGAGCCAUUUGCAUUUUAUUUGUGUUUUUUUUAAAAAAAUGAUAUUUAUUAAAGUUUCAAAGAAAAGAAUUACAUGAAUUUAAAAAAGGGAAAAAAAAGAAAGACAAAAGUAAAAAGAAAAGAAAAAAUACAAAAUACAGAAAAAAGAUAAAAAACACUUUAAAAAAAUACACCAGUCUUUCCAUACCUUACAUUCAUUUCCUUGUUUCCCUGACCUCCUCACACCUCCCUUUUAGGUAUUCCAAUUCAGUUAGUUAAUUCAGCAAUUUCUUUCCCUCUUUGUUUUUAUCUUAGUCCUUUAACAUAAUAUAUUAUAACUUUGGAUUCUCACCUGUUAACAAUCCAUUUUUACAUACACCUUUAUAACAUUGCUGCUUAAACCACUUACCGGUAACUUCAUUCUGACAUCAUUCUAACAUUCAUUAAUUUUGCAAUAUUUCUGUAGGUAGUCUUUAAAUUUCUUCCAAUCUUCUUCCACCGACUCUUCUCCCUGGUCUCGGAUUCUGCCAGUCAUUUCCGCCAAUUCCAUGUAGUCCAUCACCUUCAUCUGCCAUUCUUCCAGAGUGGGUAGAUCUUGUGUCUUCCAAUACUUUGCAAUAAGUAUUCUUGCUGCUGUUGUGGCAUACAUAAAGAAAGUUCUGUCCUUCUUUGGCACCAUUUGGCCCACCAUGCCCAGGAGAAAGGCCUCUGGUUUCUUCAGAAAGGUAUAUUUAAAUACCCUUUUCAUUUCAUUAUAAAUCAUCUCCCAGAAAGCCUUAAUCCUUGGGCACGUCCACCAAAGGUGAAAGAAUGUACCUUCAGUUUCUUUACAUUUCCAACAUUUAUUAUCGGGCAAAUGAUAGAUUUUUGCAAGCUUGACUGGUGUCAUGUACCAUCUGUAUAUCAUUUUCAUAAUAUUCUCUCUUAAGGCAUUACAUGCCGUGAACUUCAUACCUGUGGUCCAUAACUGUUCCCAGUCAGCCAUCAUUAUGUUAUGUCCAACAUCUUGUGCCCAUUUAAUCAUAGCAGAUUUCACCGUUUCAUCCUGUGUAUUCCAUUUCAACAGCAAGCUAUACAUCUUUGACAAAAUCUUAGUUUUGGGUUCUAGCAGUUCUGUUUCUAAUUUUGAUUUUUCCACCUGGAAGCCAAUUUUCUUGUCCAAAUUAUAUGCCUCCAUUAUCUGAUAAUAAUGAAGCCAGUCUUGCACUUUGUUUUUUAAUUUCUCAAAACUCUGCAAUUUCAGUCUAUCUCCCUCUUGCUCCAAAAUUUCCCAAUAUUUCGGCCAUUUGCAUUUUAUUUGUACAGUAAUGCCUAGUGGAAACACUGGGAAGAAUAUCUCCCAUCCCAUGAAUCCGAAGAGAGAAAAGUGUGGCAGUUUAUACAUUUAGAGUUCCAAAAGAUGCUCAACUCCAACUCCCAUAAUGCCUGUCCAUUGGCUGUGCUCAUUGGGUUUUAUGGGAGCUGGAGUCCAAGAAGAUCUGACUGCAUUGAAAACUCCAUGGCGGUAUUCACAGCUGUAGUUUUCUUAGGAGGUGACAGUACUGGAGUUAAAUAGUGUCUUUGAAAUAGUGUCCUUUUUCAAAGUGAAUAUCAUAUGCAAGCACACAUUUGGGGCUACUAGACUCACAGAAACAUCAGAACACUAUCCAAAACCCAAAAAUGUCUGCUGUCCAGUUUUUUUGAUCGCCAUUUGUCUGGGCAAACCAGCUUCAACCUUCUGCUGGUGGAUGUGACUGAUAGUAUAUAGCAAAGUGGAAUCGUUAUUAUUUUAGAGGUUUAAUGUCCCAUAAAUAUAUCAAUUCUAUUUUCCCCCAGCCCAGUUAAUGAUGGAACUACAUUUAACCCAGGAAGAGAUGCAGAACAGAUUCAUAACAGAUUGUCAUGUCUCACAACACCUGCCAAGUUCAUAGCUCUGAUCCAAGCGAGUAUCCACUACUAUUCCUCUAUUGUUCGCCAAAUCCAUAGUUUUAAAAUUCAGCUCCUCUACUUGCUUGAAGUUAUCUGCUGCAAGAGGUUAAAAAAGCAGAAACCUGAAUGGCACGGCUGUUAUACUGUGAAAGAAAGAAUUAGCAACAUCCUAAUCAUUGAUCAAAACAGAAAACCCUAAGCUAUAAAAAUAUUGCUUCUUUUUAGAUGGCUCCAGGGGUCGGAAGCCAUGAAUCACGAGGCUUAUAUGUGCUGGUUAAGAACUUCCAGAAACUCUGAUCUUCAGAAUCAUCCUACCGGGUAGGUAGAAAUUUAUUUUAUAUUUGAUUGAAUCUGUAAGCCAUUUCGGCUUGGUAACAUAGCACACUCUUAGACAUAUCUACUCAGAAGUACCAUUGAGUCCAAUGAAGAAACUAUGGCCUUCCAGAUGUGUUUGGGCUACAGUUCCUGCCAGCCCUAACCAUUGGCUAUGCUGGCUAGAGAUGAUGGGAGUUGGUGCCCAAUAUCAUAUGCCCCCCCCCAAGUUUCCCAUCCCUGGAUUACAACCUAAAAUUAAUGCAGUGUUUUCACCAGGCAUGUCAUGGAAAUCCAAAUCACUCCCCUACUUGAAAAUAUAACCAGCAAUUCUUUACACCAGUGGUUUUCAAGCUGUGUUUUGUGGACACUUUUAACAGGUUCCUGACUGAGAAAACCCUAAUAGCACAUGCUGAAAAACAGAUUGUCCCUCUUUCAGUGUUCACUUGCAAUACGCAGUGCAUAGGAUAUUUGCAAUGGAUUCUAGGCCACACUCUCAGUUCUCACAAGGUGUCUGUAUGAAGCAUAACAAACUAGUGAACUGAGGUGUCACGUAAAGUGAGUGUGCCAUGUGAACUGAGGUUGUCACCAUUAACAUUCCACUGUUCCCAGAAUCCUUUGCAAUGUGCAAGGGUUUUUACGGAAGUCAUGUGGAGGUUUUGAGAUGGAAAGGGUUUCCUGAGGAUAUUUGGUAAAAGUAGUGUUUUAAUUGUCAUUAGGGCACAACCCCAUUGGAAUGAAAUGGAUCCUUUUUUCAAAAUGGAUAAAACAGUUAUAACAACCUCCUACCUGUUCUAGCUUGUUUACACUUACAGCUUUCAGUAAAAGUUGCCCAGCUUCACAAAUAAACUUUGCAGAUAACCAAUUCUUGGUAUCUCCAGGUAAGGCUGAGAAGGACUCUUGUCUAAAACCUGGAGAACAGCCAUCAGUCAGGGUAGACAAUGGCUCAGUGGGGAGACCAGCAAUAUCUAUGGUAUUGGACCAAUGUUUUUAUUCCUGCAUUUUCUUAUCUUGGCAGCACUGCAGUGUGUGUGUGUGUGUGUGUGUGUGUGUGUGUGUGUGUGUGCUACUAACCCCAUCUCCAGCAAGUUGCAAAUUUGACUUUCCAAUAAUGAAGUGUUGGUGCAUAGAAUUAAGAAAAAGGAUCGAGCAAUGCAUGUGAUUUGGGAUGUUGUUUGGGGACUUAAAAGUUUGAAAUUACCAUAUUUUAUUCCCAUGGAAUCAAACUCAAGACAAUAAAAUGCAAACAGUUAUAAUACCCAAAGCACUUUACAGCUGUAAAGCAAGCAGCCUUAUUACUUAUUCAGAUUUACUUUCCUGCAGUAUUCAGCUUAGUUUUAGAGUGAUAUUUAUCCCACUGCAAAGUUAGAACUGCAUUUUCUUUCUUCUGCAACCAUGCUAUUGGGUGAAAUCGGGUCCUCCCUUAAAGAGGGCACGUAUUGCGGUGAGACCUGGAUAACCGACACCCUGUGUUGUGGGUGGGUUCUAUUGGUCAGCCACAACACCCGAUUGGUAGGUCCCUCAAAGCUGGGUGUAAUCUGGCCAAUGGGAUGCAGUCCAAACGGUUCGAGGGACCUAUUUAUGCCCAUGCACAUGACCCAGAGCUUCCUCUUUCGGCGCGUGAAUUCAGAACCCGCCCACUUCUCCCUACUUUUAGGGCUUUGUGCUUGACCUUGCUAUGCCAUCGUCUGUCGUUGGAACAGGGGCAUGGCAGGAAUUUCCCCCACUUGGCUGAUUGGCCGUUGCCAUUUGGGUUUCGCCCGCCGCGUAGCAAACCAUCACAACUUGUAAGGUUGCGGAUAGGCUCUGGUUCAGGUGAUAGGGAUGGGAAAACGCUCUCGCCAUUCCUGUGUGAAGGGUAUUCUGUUAAAGGAAUCUAGGGACUCAAUGGUUUGGUCGACCCCUGAGAGGGGGUUGUGCCCAUGCCUGAGUCCAGGGGGGUAUUUGGGUGGCGGAGUUAGCCCGUUCCCGGCUUUCCGCUUAUCCAGGUGUUCACCCUUGGCUGACCUAUGCUGGAACCCUGGGUCGGUGCUACCUGCAUGGCAGGGAGCUAGUCGAAUCAGAACCUAUGCAACCAGUCACUUUCUGUAAUCAAUAAAGUUGUGGCCUAAAUUCUGCCAAAAACCAAAACUAAAAUUUGAGUCAUGUGUGAAUUUAUUUAGGGGGAGGUUUCUGGGUCUGAACACGUAAUAGAAAGAAUUUAGUAUGUUCUAAUCAAGGUGAGGCUUAUUUGAAACCCUUACAUUGUCACUGACUGUUUCAGGUUUUCUAAUCCUGACUUUUGAGGGACUUUCCCCCAUACAGCCUCAGUGGGUCAAUAGGUGCGUCAGUCGGUGAUUGAUCUAGCAAAGCUUCCAGGGGCCAUUUGACAGAGUGGUACAGAAACAGGCAACAAGGGGCCAUGUCCCCCACUGUUUUUAUGGCAAGUUUCCUAAUGCUUGUAGAAAAGUUAUGGUACAUCUCUGUGGCUGGAAUAGUGUAGUCUUGCAUGAAAACUACAGAGUUUUGGUACCUUGUACAGACACUGCCAGUAAAAUGGGCACUCGUGAUUGUUUUUGAUGACAAGCCCUACAUAGUUGAAAACUUUGCUCUGUUAAAUUGCUAGAGCAAAUUUGCUUGAGGUGAGGAAGACUCAACCGCAGGGCCUGUCUAAGUGCUUAGGCAGAUGCCCACACUUUUGCUGUCCAGUGGGAUCCACCUCAACCUGCAAGCAACUGGAUGUUGUAUCUUGCUGCUCACUCACCUGUCCUUUCUAAGAAUAGGUGGUGGUGGUGCUAGCUGCUACUCCUUCCUCUUGCUCUCUUGAGCAUGUACGAUGAGACAGUUGGAGGCAGUAUUGCUUCUUAAUACCAGUUGCUGCAAACCAGCAACUGGGCAAAGUACAGUGGUACCUCAGGUUACAGACGCUUCAGGUUACAGACUCCGCUAACCCAGAAAUAGUACCUCGGGCUAAGGAUGAGAACAGAAAUCGUGCUCUGGCAGCGCGGCAGCAGGAGGCCCCAUUAGCUAAAGUGCUGCUUCAGGUUAAGAACAGUUUCAGGUUAAGAACAGACCUCCAGAAGGAAUUAAGUUCUUAACCCGGGGUACCACUUUACUCUUGUACUCAGGUCCUGCUUGAACGUUUUCCUUUGGCCACAGUGAGAGCAGGAUCAUGGAUUUAGAUCAAGGGUUGGCAACGUUUACCUCGCCUGGGCCGGGUUCACUCCAGCGGAGAUCCCUCCGUGGGCUGGAUUGUACAUGCAUGUGAGCGUGCGCACCCGCGAUUUCUGGCGUCUGCAUCUGCACAGGCACAAUUUCUGGUGUCUGUGCAGGCGUGAUUUCCGGCACCGCAGAAACAAGUCCCCACGCCGCACUGCGCUGGUUUAGUGCAGUGCGCGGGGACUCGCUAAGCGGGCGGCUGGGUUUGGGGGCAGCUUGAUCCCCAGGGUGCCAUCAUGGCUGCCCCACCCGCGCUGGGUGCCCUGCCCCCGCAGGUGGCGUGCCCCGCCCCCAGGACUCGUGCUCUGCCACUGGGACGCACGCCCUGCCCCUGCAGGUGGCACUCUCUGCCCCUGGGACAUGCGCCAGCCCUGCCCCGCCUGCUCUCUGCCCCCGGUGCCGGAGCAUGAAGCUCCGCCACUGGCUUGUGGGCCAGUUAAACGACCCCCGUGGGCUGCCUGUGGCCCAUGCGCCUUAGGUGGCCUACCCCUGACUUAGAGGGAUGAUUGGUCUGAUCCAGCAGAUUCUUCUUGUAUGCUCAUUCCAGACAUGAACAGCUUCAUGCCAUGGCUAACACAGUGUUGUAACAGAUGGCAACUACCUUUGGGAUAAGCACCAUGAAAAUGUAGUGUGUGCAAACGGUUCAGAGUUUGGUAAGAAUUAGGAGAAGGGGAAAUGUUAGCCAAGACGUUUGUCAAUGAUGGUUCAUCUGAUACAGACGGCUGGUCAAAGGGCACAGCAGAAGAAAGGAUAUAACGGAUCCUUUCUCAUGAGUUAAUCAUCCAUUAGGGUUGCCAUCUUCCUAUAUGUUGCACAAACUUCAUGGGGGUGUUGUAAUAAUUGGUUAAUAUCAAUAAGGCGAUGUAAAGAUAAAGAAUAUCAGAGCUUUGUGCUAUGGGUGGCGUGCAUGUUUAAGAUUACAUUUUACAACGUGGUUAUAGUUUCAUUCAUCAGCAUGGCAAUCUUGAUAUAACAGCCAUUACUUAAUUCUUAAUUACUUAACUCAUUACUUAAUAGCCUGUCUUCAGAUUGAUCUUCUCAACAAGCCUUUUUGUCACUCUCCCCUGAUGGCUGGUAACCUUUGAUUCAUUGCGCUAAAUGGAUUUUGGCUCCUCCUUUUGUGUUACAGCUUCACCUCUUAUUGGUAACAUCAAACAACGUUAUACAUGACCUUUAAAAGGAGACAGGGCAUCCUAUUUAUUUUGUGGGUUUUUAUAUUGAAACAUUUCCCAGAAAGAAGGGUUUCUUAAGAUUUCUUUUCACUAGGAUUUGCCUGUGAACUUAGCCAGCAACCAGGUUGUUUAAAAAGUGAAUACUAUGUCUAAUAUUUUCUCAUUUUGAUAUUCACUUUGACAAAUUUGCACACUGACAAAUUUCUGGAACGAAACAGUCACAUAGCUUCUAUGCUGGCUGGCAUCCUUUUGUUCCUAGUUACCAUCUUUUCUUCUGCCGUUUCCCUUUUCCUUCUUGCCCUCGCUUGCUGUAAUCUGAUUGGCUGCUAGUGUCCCGAGGAAAGGAGAUUUCCUGCUCCAGAAAACCCUAAAAAUCUUGCCCAGUUCUCAAAUUCUGCUGCUGGUCUUAGAAACCACACCUCAGGCAACACCCAGUAACCUUGUUAGCUGUGAAAAUACUUAUGCGAGCUGUAAUUUUCUCUGCAGUGUUGGGAACGGGUGUAUGAACACCUUCAGUAUUCUGAUAGUGGAUAUAGUUAAAGAAAAGCACCAAUAAAAUUAAGGAAGAAAACAAACAUGAAGAUGUAUUUUCCUGACUUUUGAAUAGGUGGCUGUGAGAAUGGAGAAUGAAGGAAUGUGACAUUGUAUACGUUUCAAAAAUCAGCACAAGAAUAUUCAGAUGCUUCUCUAUAGUAGUGUAUAUAUAAAUGGGCUGAUCCAGUAAUAUUAUUAACCCCCCCGCCCCAGUUUUCAUUAUUAGAUUCAUGGCUUUACAUAGAGCUGCAUUGCUGAUAUUAAAAAAUGCAAGCUUGCAUACAUUAUUCUGUUGCAUCCACUAUAUUCUGUUUUUUUGUGGGAAGGGGAAUGCAGUAUUAAUUUUACGCUUUUCUUGCACAUAAAUGCCUGCAUUUGCACCUUAACAAGCCCUGAAACAUUGGUUACUAAACAACCAUAUUACAUCUCUUGCAUCUCCCCCCACUUUUGUUCACUAGCUAUAAAAUUGAACAACUGGGACUCUGAGACUUUGGCCUGGAUCCAAAAAUGAGCUAGAUGCAUCCAUGCUUGGCUCUGUGCCCAAAGAUAUAAUAUUCAAAUGUGACUUGUCCUUAAUUUUUGUUUAAAUCAAGCUUUCCUACUUCAUUUUCUAAAGGGAGAACGGCAUUUGCUAUUACUCGGGAUGCUACAGAAAUUACUGUUAAAAUAAAACAAAGUAAAUACAUCCCAAAAUUUCCUAAAGCUACUUACAGGUCCUUUCUCAAACUCAGUUGAAGCCAACACCUCUCUUGAUAACCUCUCUAUAUAAUAAAGAUGUAAGAAUGUCAUCGUGCAGCCUUCACUGGAGGAUUUAUAGUGCCACCUUGCAAUCCUGGAUUUGCACAAAGCCACGGUCUGGGCAGGGAGGCAAAAGUGAAGACAAGUUGCACAUCAUAGGAGCAAGAACGGAGGGACACUGAGAGGGUGGAGGUAGUGGUUUGAAACAAUGGCAGAAGUUUGAGUCAUGCAGGGGUGGAGGAAACUGAGAGGAAAAUGGUGGUUUUAAACAACAGCAGAGAUUUGAAAAAAGUGCCUUCAUUGUACAGUGGUACCUCGGGUUAAGUACUUAAUUCGUUCUGGAGGUCUGUUCUUAACCUGAAACUGUUCUUAACCUGAAGCACCACUUUAGCUAAUGGGGCCUCCUGCUGCUGCCGCACCGCUGGAGCACGAUUUCUGUUCUCAUCCUGAAGCAAAGUUCUUAACCCGAGGUACUAUUUCUGGGUUAGCGGAGUCUGUAACCUGAAGCGUAUGUAACCUGAAGCGUACGUAACCCGAGGUACCACUGUAUUGUUGUAUGGAAUAUUUGAGAACUCCAUGUCCUUUAUCUCUCUCAUGAGGCAGCUGAGGAAUAGCAGAGGAAGAAGUUUGAUUGCAGUGACAGAAGUUUAAGUAAAGUGGAUUGGAAGAGCACUGAAAGGAAAAUGACAGUUUUAAACAAUGCCUGAGGGUUGAGUAAAGCACGGAUAGAGGGAUACAGAGAGGAAAACUAUGGUUUUAGAGAAGAGCAAAGGUUUGAGUAAACACCUCCAACCGAUGACUGUUUGGCAUCCACUUGAAGAACUCCAGAAAGGGACAGCCCACCAUGCCUCUAAAUAUUGUGAAGUUAUUAAUGACAAUAAUGCUUUGCAGAAGUACCCGUUAGAUUGAUGUAAUGACUUACAAUAUGAUGAAGGCUAAAAAUUGAGAACGCAUGUUUUGCAAACAAAGAGAGGACACUGUGUGUGUGUGUGUGACUCAGCAGAAUGCUGAAAUUUGACAUUUUGCAGAGCAAAGAGAGAACUUGUAAGUCAGCAAGUUGAUGAUAUAUUUCAUUUAUAAAGUCUAGCAGGCCAUUCAAUCAUUGGAAUUGAUAGUUCACCUCUUUUCCACUGAACAUAGAAAAUAAGUUUUCUGACUGAAGCUGCUGAUUACAUCUAGAGAAGCUAGAUUUAUGGAGGAGCUCCUGUAUUAUGUAUUGUUUUAUCAAAUUGUCUAUAGCACUUUGGACCAUUAAAAAGUUUUGAUUUUAUUUCUUACAUCUUAUGGCAUAGCUCCAUCAAUGCGUCACCUCACUACAGUAUUGUGGCUUAUCUUCGACUAGCAAACUCCCAAAAUAAUUAACAUCCCCUACAUAUUUUGUCUUUUGCGAAAUCUGCACUUCCCCAGCAGAAAUAAUAAAGCGGUUUAAUAACUGUUAAAUUGUUUGCAGGUGCCAGUCAUAAGUGCAGACAUGAAUAAACCAAAAUAAUACUUUGCAGUAUUAAAGCUUCAUAAAUGAACACCCACAACACAAUGAAACAAAAACUAGCGAUGAGCCGAAAUGGGGUGGCCAGUUUUGUGAAAAUGUUUGUCAGAAAUAAAAGAUGCUCACUUGGGGGAUCGUUGCAAAAGG